CACAGUUAUCAUGGCGGCCGCUCGCUUCAAGCUCUGACGUGUCUCGCCGGGGAGCGGGCAGCCCAGUUGGAUUUCUGCCCACACGGGGCAUGGCGGCCAAGGGGGCCCGGCAGCGGCCCCGAGGGGGCGGUGGGGACGCGGCAGCGGGUGCCCCCCGGCAACGAGAGGAGGCGCCCCCGCCCGCCGCCGAGGAGGCCAAAGCCGAGGUAUCUGGGAGCAAAGCAGGACAUGUCUGGGCCCCAGAAGGAUCUACGGCUUUCAAGUGUCUGAUCUCUGCCAGGUUUUGUGCUGCCUUGCUGAGUAAUAUCUCUGACUGUGAUGAGACGUUUAACUACUGGGAACCUACACACUACCUCGUUUAUGGCAAAGGCUUUCAGACGUGGGAAUAUUCUCCUGCCUAUGCCAUCCGUUCCUAUGCUUAUCUGUGGCUGCACGCUUUGCCAGCCCUGUUCCAUGCCAGAGUUCUGGAAACAAACAAGGUCCUCAUCUUCUACUUUGUCCGCUGCCUCUUGGCCUUCCUGAGUUGUGUUUGUGAACUUUACUUUUAUAAGACAGUAUGCAAGAAAUUUGGGUUGCACGUCAGCCGUCUAAUGUUGGCUUUCUUGGUUCUCAGCACUGGCAUGUUCUGCUCAGCAGCUGCUUUUCUCCCAAGCAGCUUCUGCAUGUACAGCACAGUGGUAGCAAUGACUGGGUGGUACAUGGAUAAGAUCUCUCUGGCAGUGAUGGGAGUGGCUGCCGGAGCCAUCGUUGGCUGGCCCUUCAGUGCAGCACUUGGGCUUCCAAUUGCCUUUGACUUCCUGAUACUCAAGAGAAGAUGGCGGAGCUUCCUGAAGUGGUGUCUCGUGGCCUUGGUGGUGUUUAUGGUACCCCUGGUGGUGGUCGACAGCUAUUAUUACGGGAAGCUGGUGAUUGCUCCUGUCAACAUUGUCCUGUAUAAUGUCUUCACGCCACACGGACCGGAUCUCUAUGGCACGGAACCCUGGUCUUUCUACUUCGUAAACGGCUUCUUGAACUUCAAUGUGGCCUUUGUGCUGGCGCUCCUGGCCUUGCCGUUGACCUCACUUAUGGAAAGCCUGCUGCAGAAAUUCCAUGUUCAGAAUCUGGGCCGCCCUUAUUGGCUGACGCUUUCUCCCAUGUACAUCUGGAUCCUGGUUUUCUUCAGCCAGCCCCACAAAGAAGAGAGAUUCCUGUAUCCCAUUUAUCCCCUCAUUUGCCUCUGUGGAGCUGUGGGGCUCUCUGCCCUCCAGAAGUGCUACCACUUCCUGUUCCAACGCUACCGCCUGGAGCACUACACGGUCUCUUCAAACUGGCUGGCGUUGGGGACCGUCUUUCUCUUCGGCCUGCUCUCCUUGUCACGCUCCGUGGCGUUAUUCAGAGGAUACCACGGCCCUCUUGACUUGUACCCGGAAUUCCACAGAAUUGCCACUGACCCAACAAUCCACACCGUGCCGGAGGGGAGGCCGGUUCACAUUUGUGUCGGAAAGGAAUGGUAUCGGUUUCCCAGCAGUUUCCUCUUGCCAGAGAACUGGCAGCUCCAGUUCAUUCCGUCGGAGUUCAGGGGGCAGCUGCCAAAGCUCUUUGCCAAAGGACCAGUGGCCACACGCAUCAUCCCAACUGAUAUGAACGACCAAAACCGGGAAGAACCCUCCCGAUACUUUGACAUUUCCAAAUGCCACUACCUGGUGGAUUUAGACACGCCGGUGGAAACACCCAGGGAGCCAAGAUAUGCUGCUAAUAAGGACGAGUGGAUCAGUAUUGCUUAUAAGCCUUUUCUAGACAGUUCAAAGUCUUCGAAGUUGUUUCGGGCCUUCUACAUCCCCUUCCUGUCGGACCAGUAUACGACCUACGUGAACUACACCAUCCUGAAGCCUCGACGAGUGAAGCAAGCCAGGAGGAAACCGGGAGGCUAGCAUCUCCUCAGGCCAAAGAGAAUCAGCUGGAAGGGUUGGCUUUCUGUUUCCUUAAUUCUACUCACCUCCCACGUUUAUAAGCAGAGGGUGACAGGUGCCUGGAAUGCGGUUUGCAAAGGUUUCCCCCGAGGGUAUUCGUUUUGCAGAUCUUACAGCUACGUGAUUGGGGUUCUCUGCUUUGCUUCCUGGACUGUCAGCCCCUGCUCUCCCGCGGAAGAGGUGACCGGAGCAGAAGUCCGGGACCAUUUCCCAGGCGCAGCCCAGUCACAAAGAGAGUGCUGAUCAUCUCGCAUCUGUACCCCUGACUGCAGAACAUCUCACUUGCUCUUAAACGAAAGACGUUCACAUUUCUUUUCGAAGCGGCCUUCAAAAGAGAGACUGUCGUGGUGCCUGCAGGAUCGCAAACACUCUUGUGGGCCUUUGGACACAAUCGGUUCCAAAGCGGACCUGAAGGGACCAGAGCAGAAUUUUGCACUUUCAGAAACAGACGUCGUUAGUUGUGUGAUUUAGCAGAACGUGACUUUUGUGUCAGUGAAGUUGUUCUCCGUCGUUUCUUGCCAGCACCUGCCACAAGAGAUUUUCAGAAGUUUUGUUUAGGCUCCUGGGGAGAAGCCUGAGCUUUGUAAAUUCAAAACAUUACAAAGAUGUUGGGGGAAACAUGGGACCCUCCUCAGGCGUGUUUGUUUCGGGCUGUACUGUGUGAUGAAACUGUCUUCAGUGUUCAUUAAAAACUCGGCUCUGUUUUCUCCAA